GAUCAAUUGAAACUGUUUAAAUUAUAUCAAAUAAUUGUUCACUCCCUUGGGUCCUCAUCAGUCCCCGCGUCACUGAUCGGCAAACGAACCACCUUCGUUAUUGGUCUCGUGAAGAUGCCCCGUGCAGUCUUUAGUUUCAACACCCUGACAUUACCAUCUUUCCCAGGAAAAACAUCUAUAACUUUCCCCAAAGGCCAGUGAGUGGAAGGCAUCAGCUCUUCAACAAACAAAACAACAUCGCCUAUCUUUAUGUUUGAUGUUGGAACACACCACUUAGCACGAGUUUGCAAAGUAUGAAGAUAUUCCUUUUUCCAUCUUUGAGAAAAAUGUUGCACAUAGUGCUGAAGUUUUUGCCAUUUAUCGAGUCGGUUGAACUUGUAAGCAGUGACGUCGGGAUCUGGAAGUUGCGGAAGACCUUCCAGUUUCAAAAAGUGACCCGGAGUGAGAAUCAGUGGAUCAUCUGCAUUAUUUGGAAGUGGGAACAAGGGACGACUAUUAAGCACCGCUUCUACCUGCUUCAAAAUAGUCAUCAUUUGCUCAAACGUCAGAGUAGCACCCUUCAAUACCCUCUUCAAGUGAGUUUUACAAGAGCGCACCGCAGCUUCACACAAGCCAUUAUGGUGCGGACCACGAGGAGGUUGGAAACACCAUUCUAUUCCUUUGGUAGCGAGGUGGUGCCAUUAUCCGAGUACAUCCGCUUUGGUGAACCUCGAGUGCUGACAAAGCGUUUGAAACAAGCCAAAAAGGCAUCAGUUGAAAGGGAGCUUACAAUGUCAAGCAACACGGGACCUGCGUAAUCUACUCCAGUUGAAUGGAAAGCAGCGACAUAUUCCACUCGAGGCUGGGGCAAGUCACCCAUCAAUUGCUCAGGUACUGGAGGGUUGGCACGGAUGCAGUUUAUGCACAAUCGGUAGAUUUUACGAGCUAGAAGACUACCUCCUAAUGGCCAAUAUUUUUGAUGGAUGGACGCGAGAAGUAGUUGUGGACCAGAGUGGAGUGUAAGGAUGUGCUCUCUUGCGGCAUAUUUUUCCGCCAAUGCACCAUCAGGAAGGAGCAUUGGAUGUUUGGUAUCGAAAGGUGCAUAAGAAUGUUCAAGUCGGCCACGAACGCGAAUUAUUUCAUUCGAAUCCAAAAAGGGACGCAAUGAACGAAUUUUCUUGAA